AUGAGCAGAGCUGGGCAGAAAGCGGGUCGAGGCGGCUCCAGCCCACCGCCUGUGCGCAGGAGCCCUAACACUGCCCUGACGUCGCCACGCCCCAGUCCCUCUUCCCCUGGCUCCCCACACUCCGUCAGAGGCAAGAACAAUGGAGUGCCCGGCUCCCGGAAGUUCGAUUCUCAGCAGCGGCUGAGGCCGCCCGGAGUGACACCAACUCUUCAUGAAGAAAAUUUUGAAAUCACUACACUGAGGAUUGAUGUAGCCACUGAUGGAAGACACGCCGAGGUCGAAUUCACGACCGACUGGCAGAAGGAUGCCGAGCGCAGAGAUCUCACCAUAAAUUCCAUGUUUUUAGGUUUUGAUGGUACUUUAUUUGACUAUUUUAAUGGUUAUGAAGAUUUAAAAAAUAAGAAAGUUAGAUUUGUUGGACGAGCUAAACAGAGGAUACAAGAAGAUUAUCUUCGGAUUUUAGGGUAUUUCAGGUUUUACGGGAAAAUUGUUGACACACCUGGUGACCACGAUCCUGAGACUUUGGAAGCAAUUGCAGAAAAUGCAAAAGGCUUGGCAGGAGUAUCAGGAGAGAGGAUCUGGGUGGAACUGAAAAAAAUACUUACUGGUAACCACGUGAACCAUCUGAUUCAUCUCAUCUAUGAACUUGAUGUGGCUCCUUACAUAGGCUUACCUGCUAAUGCAAGUUUAGAAGAAUUUAACAAAGUCAGUAAAAAUGUGGAAGGUUUUUCACCAAAGCCAAUGACUCUCUUGACCUCAUUGUUCAAAGUACAGGAUGAUGUCACGAAAUUGGAUCUGAGGUUGAAGAUUUCAAAAGAAGAGAAGAAUCUUGGUUUAUUUAUUGUUAAAAAUAGGAAAGAUUUAAUUAAGGCAGUAGAUAGUUCAGAACCACUGAAACCCUAUCAAGACUUCAUUAUAGAUUCUAGAGAAGCUGAUGCGACUGCUCGUGUGUGUGAGCUGCUCAAGUACCAAGGCGAGCACGGGCUUCUCAGGCAGAUGCAGCAGUGGUCCAUCCCCCCGUUUCCUGUGAGUGGCCAUGACAUCAGGAAAGUGGGCAUUUCUUCCGGGAAAGAAAUUGGGGUGCUGUUACAGCAGUUGCGAGAACAGUGGAAGAAAAGUGGUUACCAACUGGAAAAAGAUGAACUACUGAGUUACAUAAAGAAGACCUAAAGUUGACGAGAGCUGACUACUAAAAAGCAGGAAAUUUUUGGUAAGACUAGUUUUCUCCCCCUCCCUCUUAGUGAGAUUUAAAAGACUCGAAUAUAUAGCAGAAUGCAAGCCAGCUUAGGGGAUCUCUUCAGAAGAAUAACGGUCUUAUUUUGUGAAAACUAUAUUUCAGGUACUAAAGUGAAGUCUGCUUCUUCUUAAUCUGAUUUGUUAUCACUGAAGCUUGUAAUUCUUUUGGAAUAGUUCUUACUGAGAAAAGUAGAGUGG